CUCGCACAAAUUUUAAGUUGGAAAAGUUUUUGGCCCGGCCAACUUUUUCCAUUUUCCAAACUUUGAAAUCGAAAUCCAGUUUUUGGAAUUUGAUCGGCGAUUUGAAAACUCCGAAACGUAAAAAUUUAGGGAGAAGAAAUGGCGGGAGCGAAUCAGGCGGCGUGUAUUUUCUGCCAGAUCGUGCGCAACCCCGCCUCCACUACAUAUCUCCUUCACACCGAUGAAAAGGUCAUCGCGUUUCAAGAUAUCAAGCCCGCCGCUCAGAGGCACUACUUGGUUAUACCAAAAGAACACAUUCCAACUGUGAGAGACCUCCAGAGAAGAGAUGAAGACUACUCACUUGUAAGUCACAUGCUAAGUGUGGGACAAGAACUGUUGCAGAAAGAUGCACCUCAAACCAUACAUAGAUUUGGGUUUCACCAGCCACCUUUUAACAGUGUUGAUCAUCUCCAUCUCCAUUGCUUUGCAUUACCUUUUACGCCCAGAUGGAAAGCCAUCAAGUACAAGUCUUUGGGACCUUUUGGUGGUUUUAUUGAAGCACACACACUUCUGGACAAGCUAAGGCCCCACGGUUCGCUUCAUUCAAAGGUGGGGGUACUGGUUGCAGUGCAUGAGAUUAUUAUCAUCAUCAGACUCCAGCUUAACCGGUGCAAAUGUGUUCUUGCGACAACAUCGUUAUCCAUAUAUCAGGAGGUAUUAAGCCCUGUUUCACGGGAACAGUGGAGAGUGAAACCUCAUAGCGCUCAAGUUUCUGACUAUUGCUCGUUCUCCCUUUUCGUGGGGAUCCUUAGGUGUCAAUAG